GUCUUCCACUCCUAGUAGCCGCCAAGUUAGCUUAUCUCUCUGGUGUUUAUCAAAGAGUUUGAGCGGUGCCCAUGAAAUAUGAGCGAGAAAUACUACGAAACCUGGUGCUGGAGGCCGACAUGGUAACCAUCAACGUUACUGCUGUUCGAGAUGGCUAACUAGGAGUUUAACCUGAAAGACAGCCAAAGAUGCCUGCAGAGAAAACACCAACCAUGGCUGUCUCUGCUAUCAGGAAUUGGUGGAAUACCCACCAGUUGGACAAAUCGGACAGCAAUGACUCCAACACAGAGGAAGUAGAGGAGGAAUUAGCUGGAAGGAGGCAGUUAUCUAUCAACCUAAGUCAGACUCUGCGGACCAGGCAGCUGCUCAUAGACUUUGAAGGUGGCCGACCUAUUUUGAGUCUAAGGGCUCCGCUGGACCUGGUUAACUUCCCAUCUAUAUCCUGCCCGCGUUGGCCCAUAGAGUGUGAGGUCAUCAGUGACAUCAUCCAUCACACAGAGUGGGAACCCCCAGAGCCAGAGCCUUUCUACCAGCACACGGGAUAUGAGAGGACACCCAUGCCAGCAGGAGAGGAGAAGGGGAAAGUGGUAUUCUGCAUUGACCAUGCCACUAAGCGUCCCUAUUUCACCUGCUCCCGUGUUGGAGGAUGCAGGGGGCCCAUUAAGAACAGCACUUUUUAUGAAAACCAGACAGACUUCACCCUUGAGUUUGAGUCACGCUUUGAGAGUGGGAACCUUCAUAAGGCGGUGCAAGUGGGUGUCUAUGACUAUGAGCUCACCCUGCGCACCGACAUGUACACCAGAAAGCACACGCAGUGGUUUUAUUUCAGGGUCAGGAACAUGAAGGCUGGAGUGACCUACCGCUUCACUAUCAUCAACUUGAUGAAGGGUAGCAGCCUGUAUUCUCAUGGUAUGAGACCACUGCUCUACUCUGAGAGGGCCAACGAGAAAGGUGUUGGAUGGCAACGCACCGGCUCCAAUAUCAGAUACUACCGCAACUGCAAUCAGAACACAAAGGACAACAACAGCGACACAAUCGCCUUGUACUCACUCACGUGGACUCUCCAGUUCCCUCAUGACUCAGACACCUGCUACCUGGCCCACUGCUACCCCUACACCUAUUCCCACCUGCAGCGCUACCUUAGGCGCAUUUCUUCCAACUCAGCAGUUGCGUCCUACUGUACGCUGCGGGUGCUGUGCCACAGCCUUGCUGGGAACGCCGUGUAUGUUAUGACGAUAACUUCCCGGGGGGUCAGCAGGGUGGAGGGGAGGACCAAAAAGGCUGUGGUGGUGACGGCCCGAGUGCACCCUGGAGAAACCAAUGGAUCCUGGAUGAUGGAGGGGUUCCUGGACUUCCUGCUCGGGGACUCAGAAGAUGCUCAGCUACUGAGGGACACUUUUGUAUUUAAGGUGGUGCCUAUGCUGAACCCAGAUGGUGUCAUAGUGGGCAAUUACCGCUGCUCUCUGGCAGGCAGGGAUCUCAACAGGAAUUACAAAACAUUGCUCAGGGAUUCCUUCCCCUGUGUGUGGCACACCCGAAACAUGGUGGAAAGGCUGAUGGCUGAGACGGAGGUAGUUAUUUACUGUGACUUUCAUGGCCACAACCGUAAAAACAAUGUCUUCAUGUACGGUUGUAACAAUCGAGGUGAUGCUUCGCUGAAGCUUCACGAGAGAGUCUUUCCACUAAUGAUGAGCAAGAAUGCCAGUAAUAAGUUCUCAUUUAAGAGUUGUAAGUUUCGGGUGCAAAAGACCAAAGAGGGGACAGGACGAAUCGCCAUGUGGAGACUUGGCAUCAAGAACAGCUACACAAUGGAGGCCACCUUUGGAGGCUCCACCCUGGGCGACAGAAGAGGAACACAUUUUACGACUCGAGAUCUGAAGUCCCUUGGUUUUUGCUUCUGUGACACCCUGCUGGACUACUGUGACCCAGAUCCUACAAAGACCACUUACUGUCUGACAGAGCUGACAGCUUUAUUGACAAAGGAGGUCAGAGAGAGGCUGGGCAAAGAUUUGGGCACGGACUUCAACUUCUCGGUGUCUGACCUGGAAACCAGCACAAGUGGUUCAAAUAGUUCAGAUUCUGACGGACUCCCAGUUCAUUUAAUGAACCAACCUCAAAAUGUUCAUCCUGAGCAAACCCCAGUAAAGAAGAAAAAGAAACGCUUGAGGAGUCGUAAAGAGAGGAACAGGCUGCGGCCAGAGAGAGUGAAUGACACACAGCCAAAGCAACUAAUUAGUGAACGGUCCUUGCAGGAGUCCAAGCUGCCCCCUGAGGACACAGUUAAAGAGAUGGUCCAAGAGAAGCCUGUUGGAAUAUACAGGAAGAAAUGGCAGGCAAACGGCCUGAUAAGAAAAGCUUUGAUCCCUCCUCCCACCACUCACCCUGGGGAGGUCAGUCAGGUGACUCUGUGGCAGGGCUGCGAGCCUGUCAAGGUAAAUUCAUUGUCCAAUGCAUAGAAAGUCUCCUUCAGGUAAAGGCAGAAGUAUUUUGAACCAUCAAUGCAUUAUGCUCGGCUUGCUUUCACAGAUGACUUGGGGAUGUAUACAGGACAGUGGAGAUGCUCCUCCCAUCUGCUGCACCUGAGUGCUUUGCUUCCACCUUCACCCAAUUUUAUACAUUCACACCAGCAACCGCAUCGCUGCACCCGACAAUCCCUCGCCUCCUAUAAAGUCUACAGAGGGCUGCCAUCUUCCUUUACAGCGCCACACAGGUCUCCCUCGUCCGUGUACUUGAAGAUGGUUCCAGAGAUUGUUCCAAAGCGCUUGCUGUCAAGUUUCUCCACUGACAACUUCAACGCUCAUAUUUUUAGAGACAGAAACUCUUUACGGGUCUCAAAGGGUUUCUUUGUGCCUGAGGAUUCCUCCAUCUCACACGCAGACAUAACCAAGACCAAACGGCAGGAUGAGGAACAGGACGAAAAUCCCUCAGAAGUGGGUUUGUCGCUGUUGAGAUGUAUGCCUUUUGGAGAGCAGAACCAGAGAGAUCUCACUCCUGACAUCCCCCAGAGAGAAACUGAGUCACGCAAAAAAAUAUUUGUGCCUGCUCUGAGGGGCACAGACCUGAGAGGGAAAAGACUAUGCAAAGAGACUUUGGAGGACAAAAGGCACCGAAGUGUUUUAUCCCCAGUGUUGAUGCCCUCAGGCCUCAUCAAGAUGGAACUUCCUCAUCCACGGAGGCACACCCUGGGUAGGCUUCAGGCUAAAGACAUCAGGCACCAUUACUCUGGAAGAGAAAGACAAAUAAGUACAGCAGUGGUCACGAGAUCAUCACAGUCUGCCCCACUGUAGGGCACGAUAUUUAUAAUCUGGGAACACAUGAUAGAGAUGAGAUGAGAUUAUUCUAUCUAUUCUCUGGCCAGUGAUCGGAGCGUCCUCUGAUGGAUCAAGAGGACUUUGAUUUUUUGAUGAUUCAACAGUUGUGUUGAACAACAGAUAUGCAGGGAUCAAAUUACUUUUGUUUAUUACCUCAUUCACACAGAUAUCGAGAUGCAGGUCAAACUUGUGUC